UGACUCGCUUCCCAGACUCCAUGCUGGGGGCCAUGUUUAGGGCUGGCACCCCCAUAUCUGCCAAUGGCAACCCUCAAGGAGGUGGCCACUACUUCAUCGACCGCGAUGGCAAGGCCUUCCGGCACAUCCUCAAUUUCCUGCGACUGGGCAGACUGGACCUACCCCUUGGGUACGGAGAGACGGCGCUUCUCAGGGCAGAAGCUGACUUCUACCAGAUCAGGCCUCUCCUGGAUGCCCUGAGAGAACUGGAGGCCUCUCGGGGGACACCUGCACCCACAGCUGCCCUGCUUCACGCAGAUGUAGAUGUCAGUCCCCGCCUGGUACACUUUUCUGCUCGCAGGGGCCCUCACCACUAUGAGUUAAGCUCUGUCCAGGUGCACACCUUCCGAGCCAACCUCUUCUGCACUGAUCCGGAGUGUCUGGCUGCCAUGCAAGCCCGAUUUGGUGUGACCAGUGGGGAUAGGGCGGAGGGGGGCCCACACUUCCACCUGGAGUGGGCCCCUCGCCCCACAGAACUCCCUGAGGUGGAGUAUGAGCGACUAGGGCUGCAGCCCUUGUGGACCGGAGGGCCAGGAGAGCGGCGCGAGGUGGUGGGAACGCCGAGCUUCCUGGAGGAGGUUCUUCGGGUGGCUCUAGAGCACGGUUUCCGCCUUGACUCUGUCUUCCCUGACCCUGAAGAUCUGCUCAACUCUCGAUCUCUGCGCUUUGUACGCCACUGAGGGUGUGGCUCUCAGUUUGCUUGUGGGGGAGAGACAGAAUGGGGCAGCUAGUGGGGUAAGGACUCCCCUGAAGCCUCUUUCUAGCUCUAGUGUGGGAGCUAUGAGGGUCAGGGGGGCUCCUGCACCUGACUGGAGCCCAGAUAUGGGCUGGAAUUCCAGAACUUGAGCUCACGGAGGGCUCACUAGUGAUCCCUAGAGUCUAGACUGGUGCUUUUCCUGGGGUGGGGUGGGGCGGUGAAGAUUCUCUUGGUUUGUUCUUGCUUAAAGCUGGAGACCUCCAUGGUCUCUGUUGAAGCUCAGUAUUCAGAGGUCUAAAAAAGUGGAAAAUACAGAGGCUGGGGAUUUAGCUCAGCGGCACAGUGCCUGCCUGGCAAGCGCAAGGUUGUGAGUUUGAUUCCCAGUACCAAAAAAAAACCAAAAAAAAAAAAAAAAAAGUGGAAAAUACAUCUAUGCCAGCUAGGCCUGGCAGAACUCUGGAGGGACACUGAGGUCUGAAGGAAAGGGGAUACUUUGGAUUGCCUUAAUGUGGGGUCUCCUGGACUGUGGCCUUCCCUCCUGGAGCUGAAUGGCCUGGUGUGGCCAAAGAGGGCCCAGAACACUCUGGGACACAGGAAGGGAGCUUCUUUGGUGUCUCAAGCCACCUCCUGAGGGGGCCAGCAAGGCCUCCACAGAUUGACAUAUAGGAGCAAGGCCCCUGGAGUGCCCCUCUGGAAUUUCAAAUGUUCUAAACAAUCCUAUUUUGAAGGUGGGGCUGUCCACAGGGAGAAGCUGGCAUCUUUUUCGUAGCCUUCAUGUGUGUGUGCAUGUCAGCCAGUGUGCCUGACUAAGGCAUGGCUCCUUGGCAUCCAGUUUCCAUCUGUGUUGCUGACUACAAUGUCUACGUGAUGGUCCUUCUGUGGUCCCUGCAUGUCCAGGCGUGUCAGGUGUUGCCCAGCAACUGUUCUGGCCCAGGUUUAUCUGUGGUAUGAGUGUGAGUAGAUUGAGAUUUAGUUUAAUCAUAGGGUGUGUAUGUGUGCGUGUGUGUGUUUAUGUUCCUGCAAUCACCCAUGUAGGCAGGAGGGGCCUAUUUGCGUUUCAGUCACUAGAAUCUUCCUGUAAGAAGUAAAAGAAGUUCCUGGGCCUAGUUGGGCCUCUGAGACCUGUAGGGAAUGCUUGGUUGCCUCAGCAACCAUGGGCCUGUUGCUAGGAGAUAGCUGGGGGAAGGCCCAAGGCUGCCCUGGGCACACAGAAGAGAUGAAGAGUUUGGGAGAGUGGGGGAGGAUAUGGGAAUGGAUGGAAUCUCUGAGUUCCUGAGUGGACGGGAUAGACAUGCAUAAUUUCUUCCCUGAAGGAGUUACUCAUUAUUUAUCACUGAUUGUUACAAGAAAAAAAUAAAAAUAAAAGUGCUUUCUGAACUA